CGUUCCAGUUUCAAACUCUUUUUUUAUUAUUUCUUUCUUUCUGCAUUUUUAUUUUUUGUCUGUGAUCGCUCUCGCGUAACCACAAUGUCGACGACAGAGAAGGAGAGAGAGUCUCAUGUUUACAUUGCCAAGCUCGCCGAACAGGCCGAAAGAUAUGAAGAAAUGGUUGAGAGUAUGAAAAAAGUUGCGAAACUUGGUGUUGAGCUGACUGUGGAGGAGAGGAAUCUCCUUUCUGUGGGGUACAAAAAUGUUAUUGGUGCGCGAAGAGCUUCAUGGCGCAUUAUGUCAUCAAUAGAGCAGAAAGAAGAGUCCAAGGGAAAUGAGAACAAUGUGAAAAUGAUCAAGGGUUACCGCCAAAAGGUAGAGGAGGAGCUCUCCAAGAUUUGUGGUGAUAUUUUGAGUAUCAUAGACACCCACCUCACCCCUUCUUCCACCUCUGGAGAAGCCACAGUUUUCUAUUACAAGAUGAAAGGUGAUUACUACCGGUACCUCGCUGAGUUCAAGACUGACCAGGAAAGAAAAGAGUCGGCUGAGCAGUCUUUGAAGGGCUAUGAGGCUGCUUCUGCAACCGCAAACAAAGAUCUUCCUUCAACUCACCCAAUCCGUCUUGGCCUUGCUCUUAACUUCUCUGUAUUCUACUAUGAGAUAAUGAACUCUCCUGAGAGAGCCUGCCAUUUGGCAAAACAAGCCUUUGACGAGGCAAUUGCAGAGUUGGACACCUUAAGUGAAGAAUCAUACAAGGACAGCACCCUGAUUAUGCAGCUGUUGAGGGACAACCUUACUCUCUGGACAUCCGAUUUACCUGAAGAUGGAGGUGAAGAUAACUUCAAAGCCGAAGAAUCCAAGCCUGCUGCCGCAGCAGAAGCUGAGCAUUGAUGGGUUAGCUGAGAGCUACACUCGGCAACUGGAAUUUUAACAGCUUUGCGGAAGCCGCUCGGUUUCAGCUUUUUCUCAGAAGUGGACUGCACAGAAAAAUUUAGCCAUUUAUGAGGCCUACUUAUCAUUUUGAGUCUUAGCUAAGUCAGAUUAUUAUAAGUUGAUUACUUGUUCUGCCCUUUUCUCUUUUCUUUUAAGUUAUUUUCCUUCUUUCCUUUUGUUUUAAGGUUGUCGUCUAUAAACUUGUCAAAAAUGUUGGAUUUUUAUUUUUUUCUUUUAAAUUUCAAUUCACAUAGUAUUACGAUUUCUCUGCGCUGGCUUUUGUAACACUAUUUGUUCUUGCCUUGCUGCUGGUGCUGGAAGACAUUCGAAAGCAUGUGAA